AGGCUAGUAUGCAAAGGGCAACGUCUUGCCACUGCUCGAUCUGCCAUUCGGAUUUCGUCCGCGCAGGUGCCCGAGAUGCCGCAGAUUUGUGUCUCGCACGUGUUUAUUGUUGGAAGUGGCCGCCCGACGGCACUUCUGGUGAAACGUGCUCAACGCGUCGGGAGGGACAAGCGCCAAGCGACGGCUGAAACGCGUCGCAGGGCGGUACCUGGAAACAGAGCGGGCGAGUACGGAAGGGCAGAAAACGUAUAAGUACGCACCUGUACUACUGUAUUCCCCAGUCGUUUGUGGCCUCACCAGCCUCUCACUCCCAUUGCGCCCAUGAGACGGGAAGGUGCCGGCUGGCUAACACCCUUGCCGCACC